AGGACGCAGGGGGAGGGCCGGCAACCGCGCGUGCUGCUCUGCCCGAGCCUGGAGCGCGAGCCUGGGUGCGCCGAGCCUGGCUUGGACUCUCCCUACCCACGGAGCAGGCACUCACCAUGGCUGAGCCCCGGGGCCCUGUAGACCAUGGAGUCCAGAUUCGCUUCAUCACAGAGCCAGCAGGUGGUGCAGAGAUGGGUACCCUGCGUCGUGGCAGGCGACACCCAGCUAAGGAUGCGAGAGCCAGUUCCUAUGGGGUUGCUGUACGCGUGCAGGGCAUCGCUGGGCAGCCCUUUGUGGUGCUCAACAGUGGAGACAAAGGUGGUGACUCCUUUGGGGUCCAAAUCAAGGGGGCCAACAACCGAGGGGCUCCAGGGGCUCUGAGCUCUGAUUCAGAACUCCCUGAGAACCCCUACUCUCAGGUCAGGGGGUUUCCUGCUCCUUCCCAGGGCAGUACGUCUGAUGAGGAGCCUGGGGCCCCCUGGAAUGGAAGGCUACUCCGUUCCCAGUCCCAGGCCUCACUGGCAGGCCCUGCCUCUGUGGGUCCCAGUAACAGGAGCACCAGUUUGCUGGAGCUGGCCCCAAGAGAGGCUUCCCCAGCUAGCACUAUUGACACUGCUCCCCUGUCUUCAGUGGACUCACUCAUCAAUAAGUUUGACAGUAAACUUGGGGGCCAGGUCCGGGGCCGGACUGGCCGUCGAAUGCGGACGCUACCCCCUGAACAGCGCAAACGGAGCAAGAGCCUAGACAGCCGUCUCCCACGGGACACCCUGGAACAGGAGUGCCAGUCCUCAAACCAUUGGACCUCCAGCACAAAACAUGAUAGCCAUGUAGGGAGCUGCAAACAGCCAGUCCUGAGCCAGAGCAGCGGCGUUAGCCAUUCCUGUCACACUCAGGACUGGGUCCUUCAGAGUUUUGAGGAGCCACAGGGGAAAGCACAGGAACCCACCAUGCUGCAGUUCAAAUCAACUCCAGACCUUCUCCGAGACCAGCAGGAGGCUGCUGCACCAGGCACUGUGGACCAUGUGAAAGCUGCCAUCUAUGGCAUCCUGAGGGAGGGAAGCUCAGAAAGUGAGACCUCUGUGAGGAGGAAGGUUAGUUUGGUGCUGGAGCAGAUGCAGCCUCUGGUGAUGGUUUCUCCUGGUUCUACUAGGGCCAUGGCUGGGCAGAGAGAACUUACUCGAAAAGUGGAAGAGCUGCAGCAAAAGCUCAAUGAAGAGGUGAAGAAGCGUCAGAAACUAGAGACAUCCAGAGUUGGGCUACAGCGGCAGCUGGAGGAGAAGGUGGAAGAGUGCAGCCAACUGCAGGAACUGCUGGAGAGGAGGAAAGAGGAGGCCCAGCAGAGCACCAAGGAGCUCCAGAACAUGAAGCUCCUCUUGGACCAGGGUGAGAGUUUACGACGUGGGCUGGAGACCCAGGUGGUGGAGCUGCAGAGCAAGCUGAAGCAGGUCCAGGGACCGGACCCUGCCAAAGAGGUGCUGCUGAAGGACCUGUUAGAGACCCGGGAACUUCUGGAAGAGGUCUUAGAGGGGAAACAGCGGGUAGAGGAACAGUUGAGACUUCGGGAGCGGGAGUUGACAGCUCUGAAGGGGGCCCUGAAGGAGGAGGUGGCCUCCCGUGACCAGGAAGUGGAGCAUGUCCGGCAGCAGUACCAGCGAGACACAGAACAGCUUCGCCGGAGCAUGCAAGAUGUGACCCAGGACCACGCAGCCCUGGAGGCUGAGAGGCAGAAGAUGUCAGCACUGGUACGGGGCCUGCAGAGGGAGCUGGAAGAGACCUCAGAGGAGACAGGGCAUUGGCAGAGCAUGUUCCAGAAGAACAAAGAGGAGCUCAGAGCCACCAAACAGGAACUCCUGCAGCUGCGGAUGGAGAAGGAGGAGAUGGAAGAGGAGCUUGGAGAAAAAAUAGAGGUCUUGCAGAGGGAUUUAGAGCAGGCCCGAGCUGGUGCUAGAGAUACUUGCCAGGUUGAGGAGCUCAAGAAGGAGCUGCGCCAGACACAGGAGAAGCUGAAGGAGCUACAGGCAGAGCGGCAGAGCCAGGAGAUGGCUGGGCGACACCGGGACCGUGAGUUGGAGAAGCAGCUGGCAGUCCUGAGGGUUGAGGCUGAUCGAGUCCAGGAGCUGGAACAGCAGAACAUCCAGUUGCAAAAGACCCUUCAGCAACUAAGACAGGACUGUGAAGAGGCUUCCAAGGCUAAGAUGGUGGCCGAGGCAGAGACAGCAGUGCUGGGGCAGAGGCGGAUUGCAGUGGAAACGACGCUUCGAGAGACCCAGGAGGAAAAUGACGAAUUCCGCCGGUGCAUCCUGGGUCUGGAGCAGCAGCUGAAGGAGGCUCGAGGCAGGGCGGAGGGUGGAGAGGCGGUGGAGGCACGGCUUCUGGACAAGGUGCAGCGGCUGGAGGCAGAGAAACAGCGGCUGGAGGAGGCCCUGAAUGUAGCCCAGGAAGAGCAGGGGAGCCUGACAGCGGCCAAGCAGGCACUGGAGGCGAGGUUGGAGGAGUCCCAGCGGGGGCUGGCACGCCUGGCACAGGAGCAACAGGCGCUGAGCCGGGCCCUAGAGGAGGAAGGGAAGCAGCGGGAGGUGCUUUGGCGGAGCAAGGCUGAGCUGGAGGAACAAAAGCAUUUGCUGGACAGGACUGUGGACCGACUGAACAAGGAGCUGGGGCAGAUUGGAGAAGACUCUAAGCAAGCCCUACAGCAGCUGCAGACCCAGCUGGAGGACUACAAGGAGAAGGCCCGGCGGGAGGUAGCUGACGCCCAGCGCCAGGCCAAGGAUUGGGCUAGUGAGGCUGAGAAGAGCUCUGGGGGGCUGAACCGGCUUCAGGAUGAGAUCCAGAGGCUGCGGCAGGCCCUGCAGGCAGCUCAGGCUGAGCGGGAUACAGCCUGGCUGGACAAAGAGCUGCUGGCCCAGCGACUGCAGGGGCUGGAGCAGGAGGCGGAGAGCAAGAAGCGCUCCCAGGACGACAGGGCCAGGCAGCUGAAGAGCCUGGAGGAAAAAGUCUCGCGGCUGGAAGCAGAGCUAGAUGAGGAGAAGAACACUGUGGAGCUGCUGACAGACCGCAUGACUCGUGGCCGGGACCAGGUGGAUCAGCUGAGGACAGAGCUCAUGCAGGAGAGGUCUGCUCGGCAGGACCUGGAGUGUGACAAAAUCUCUUUGGAGAGACAGAAUAAGGACUUGAAGGCCCGGUUGGCCAACUCAGAAGGCUUCCAGAAGCCCAGUGCCAGCCUCUCUCAGCUUGAGUCCCAGAAUCAGUUGUUGCAGGAGCAGCUACAGGCUGAAGAAAGGGAGAAGACAGUUCUGCAGUCUACCAACCGAAAACUGGAGCGGAGGGUUAAAGAGCUGUCCAUCCAGAUUGAUGAUGAGCGGCAGCAUGUCAAUAACCAGAAAGACCAGCUGAGCCUGAGGGUGAAGGCUUUGAAGCGGCAGGUGGAUGAAGCAGAAGAGGAAAUCGAGCGACUGGAUGGCCUGAGGAAGAAGGCCCAGCGGGAGCUGGAGGAGCAGCAUGAGGUCAAUGAACAGCUCCAGGCCCGGAUCAAAUCCCUGGAGAAGGACUCCUGGCGCAAAGCUUCCCGCUCAACUGCUGAGUCAGCCCUCAAACAUGAAGGGCUGAGCUCAGACGAGGAAUUCGACAGUGUCUACGAUCCCUCAUCUAUCGCAUCACUGCUUACCGAGAGCAACUUGCAGACCAGCUCCUGUUAGGAGGGCUCAGAAAUCAGUCCUAUUCCAGUCAGCCCUGCUCUGCCCUGCCUGCCUUACAUUCUUCAUGCCUGUGGGUGACCCAGUUAUUCAGACCUAAGACAGGGAGGGGUCUGAGUGAGGGUGUAAAAGAAAGACAUUGGUAGUAAGCUGAUAGAUGGACUUUCUUUCCACUGGAGGAGUGGAUAUUUUAGGCCAACUGAGCCUUUCCCUUGAGUGCCGAUGCCUUCUUUAUCUCUCUUAUAGUGGAAGGAUGGUCAGCAUGUAUUCUGAGAGGACUGAGCAGGGUAGGAAGGGAUAGGAAUUGCCAUGUGUAUAAAGCUUUAUUUCUUUAUCCCUUAACCCUAAGGCUCAGGAAAUACCUUAAGCUAGUCUGCUCCCUGGAUUUCUGCAGCCCAGUUUCCUCCCACUCUGGGACAGGGUGAAGGGAAUGUUAUGGGUAAUGAACACGCAGACGUGGCUCUACCCACUUCUCAAAUGCUUCUCUUAGCACAAUCAUGGGCCCCAUGGGGUGGUCCCCAUGUCCCUCCAGUUUCUUUAUUUUUGUCUUCUCCAGGCAAGUGGGUCUAAGGCAGUGGUUCUCAACCUUCCUAAUGCUGUGACCCUUUAAUACAGUUAAAAGGGGUUACAACCCACAGGUUGAGGACUGCUGGUAAGGAAUCCUUCAUCCUUUACCAUCUUCACCAUACCCACCUUGCUGUUUUCUUCUCAGUGCCUUAGCCAGAGGGAGGAGAUAAGGGUGCUCUUCUUGCCACUUUUAUCUGCACAUUCAUACCUCUCCAAAGACCUGCCUUUGCCCACCAAUGGCUCUCAGCCUUCCCUGCUGCUCCAGUGACUGGUCAAGAGAGCUGUUUGCUGGCUUCUUCACCAACAAACCCCUAUGAGAGGGACUUUGGUAGAGCCAUGAUAAAUAAGGUGGGGGCCUGGUUCUGCUCAGGGUUUCCGUCCUUCCUCCUCUUCUUCUUGACUACAGAUGUGGUUGUAAGGUAGUUGUAUUUAGGAACCUUGACACCUGUCUAUACAGCUCUCCAAAGUAAAGGUCUCAGUCCCUCUGGUCUUCUUUGUGGCUUUUCUGACCAGAUGUGCACAACUUCAAUAGAGAACCAAGGGAUCCUUAUUUUUUCAGGAGCUUGUCUGUGAUUCAGAGCUUUGCCUGGACGUAGAAGCUGACUGUUGGUAGAAUUGGGAAGAAGCAAUAGAAGAUUUAUUUCUCCUUUGGAUUUUGAGGAGAGCCAAGCCCUGGUGGGGAAGGGCUUCACCUCUCAUUUCCUAAGCAGCUUCUAAAGGGAACUUGUGAGAAGAAGAAGGCUGUUCUCACCAAUGACUUGUAAUUUCAUUGAUUAAAAAAAAAUUCCCAUACUUCUCUGCAAAUUGUUCUGUCCCAAUCCAAUCCAGCCUUGGUUUUAUUUUAAAUUAAAUAUUAUAUAUCUAUA